CCCCCUUUGCUUAUACUCCCAUUCCCAAUAGACAAAGAAGAAAAAGAAAGACAAAGAUGAUGAAAUUGAGGUCAAAGAAGUUCUACAAAAAUGGUUUGUUGAUUAGAUUUGGUAAUAUUGCCAACAGUGUUAGAGCAGAAAAAAACUGUCGCACCAACAACAACAACAACAACAAUAAUAUUAGUGUUAACCGCGAGAUUAAAUGGGAGUUGAGGCCUGGAGGUAUGCUUGUUCAGAAGAGAGAAUUGAGUGUUGCAAGCGAGACGAUCACUUUAAAAGUUUCUACCGUUUCCAAAUCACAUUAUAUUUCCAUCGACCCAACUUCGACUUUUGGAGAAUUGAAGAUGGUAGUGUCAUUGGUGACUGGUUUGGAGCCAAGAGAGCAGAGGUUACUCUUCAAAGGGAAAGAGAAAGAAGAUGAUGAAUACUUACACAUGGUUGGAGUAAAAGACAAAGACAAAGUCUUACUCUUACAGGAUCCAGCCAUUAAAGAGACGAAGAAGAAGCUUCAUCAUGCACUACUAGCUGCAGGCUGCCAACCCAUUAAUCAUACCAUUAGUGUUUAAUAAUUUAAUUAGUAAUUAAUUAAUCACUAACAAGAAGAAAGAAAAAUGGGUUAACUAUAAACCCUUUUUUUUCUUGGC